AUGUCCGAUCAAGCAUCAUCAACAAAAAAACGUUUACCUACACGACGUUACAGUCAAGUGAUUACAGAUCACUGUUUCUGGGCCACUGAUUCAUUAUUAACAAGUGAAAUUCACAGUAAAUCAAUGUAUUCAUCGUCUCCGAUAACGAAUGAUCAAAAAGGUGACAAUUUCUUAUCAUCAGAUAAUGAUGGAUGUAUCAGAAAGGAUUCAUUGUUAGAUAACACAGUAACAAUAUUGGAUGUCAAUGAAUCAUUAAUGAAUAUUGUGAGUAAAGAGAAGGAAAGUAAUAUGCAACAAUCUAUCAACGAUGGAAAUAUCGUAAAAUGUGAUAAUAAUCACUCUCAAAUUGAGAAUUCAGUGUUACAAUCACUACCAGCACAAUCAUCAUCAUCGAUUGAACCAGAAAAUAAACUUGUUAAUCGAGCUCUGGAAUUAGCACAAUCACUUUUUGGACCAGAUACGACAAUUGUGAAAACAUUUCAAGCAGCUCCAACACAGCGUGAAUUUAAUUUCGAUGACGAUACCGCUCAAAUUUCUCGGUUGGAAGAUAAGGGAGAGGAUGAGGAAUGGUUAGAAAGUGAUGAAAUGAAACAAUAUGGAAAUUCAAGCUAUUGUGCAGAUACAAUUGAUUAUUUUAAAAAUCGAAUUGCUUCAACCGCAUUAAGCUCACAAACUCCUUUAUUGAAUCGUACUGAUUUCACCGCUCUUGAAGUCUUGAAUGCCAUUUAUCGCAAUGCGCCAGUUGGAGGUUCUCGUUUUGCAAAGCCCACAUCAACAACAUAUUCAUAUAUACCACAAAAUGCUAAUUCACAAGCUCGAUUGAAAACUAAAGAAAGUUUGAAGACUAAAGAAUCGACAACAACGAGCACAGAACAAUCGUCAAAUGAAACAGAACAAUCGUCAAAUGAAUGUGAUGAAGAGAUUUUUCAUCAACGACAACGUAAUUUGAUGGAUGAGUACUUUCAUCGAUCAGGUGAUUUACGUCAUAUCAAAACAUCUUUUGGUCGUCAGGGACAAUUAUGGGCUGACCAGAAGUAUUAUGAAUAUUAUGAAUACUUAUGCAAGGGCAUCAAACGCGCAUUAUCACAUCCAGGUUCGUUUAAUUUAGACUGUGGUGCUGGUAGCGUUCAUACUCCAUCUAAUCAACAAGCUAACGGAAUUUGCCGGGCAAUGAAAUCUAAUCUGUAUUAUCAGUAUAGUCCAGGACCAGAAAUAUAUUCAAGAAAAGUGUUUGUCGGUGGAUUACCAAUCGAUAUUGAUGAAAAUGAGCUUACAGCUACUUUCAGUCGUUUCGGUCCUUUGAUUGUGGACUGGCCAAACAAAGGUGAAAAUAAAAGCUACUUUCCUCCUAAAGGCUACGUAUUUCUUAUCUUUGAAUACGAAGUUAGUGUACGCGCAUUGGUGCAAUCAUGCUUCAUGGAAGAUGAAAAACUUUUUUUAUACAUUUCGAGCCCAUUAUCACCUGAUAAACUGGUACAAAUUCGACCUUGGCGUCUUGCCGAUGCAGAUUAUGUGGUUGAAGCGAGCAUUCCAUUAUAUGCACGACGUGCUGUUUUUGUCGGUGGAGUACCACGACCUAUUAAAGCAGUAGAAUUAGCACAUAUAAUGGAUCGUCUAUAUGGAAGUGUUGGUUGUGCAGGUAUCGAUACUGAUGUUGAAUAUAAAUAUCCGAAAGGUGCUGGACGUAUAGCAUUUACCAAUCAGAAUUCAUACAUGAAAGCAAUUACCGAUCGUUACGUACAAUUAAGUCAUGGUGAAGUGGAGAAACGAGUUGAAUUAAAGCCAUAUGUAUUGGAUGAUCAGCCAUGCGAUGAAUGUGGUGGUGAACGUUGUGGACAUCGAUAUGCACCAUUCUUCUGUCCACAACUUUCCUGUUUGCAGUAUUAUUGUGAGAAAUGUUGGACGACGAUACACGGAUGUCGUGCACGUGAAGAUCAUAAGCCAUUAGUUAAAGAAGCUUAG